CCACAAUGGGAUGAUUCCCACGAUGCCUGGCAUUCAUGGAGUGGGCUCCAGAGACAUUAUCGCCUUUCGUGCGCUAGUUGGCAUUGACAGGCCACUCACCGGUUCCGUCUUGACUACUGGACGAUUGUGGCGGGUUGGCGGUUUCUGUUUGCGUCGUCGAGCUUUCCCCAUCGUACCCCCGGCCGGGCAUGGUCAACUCCUGGCUGUUUCCUCCGCAUCUCUGGUCGGGAUAUAAAAGACUACCCCGUGCCCACUGGUGGAGAGAAUGUUGAUCGUCUUGUUUUGCUUCCCCUCCAUUAUUCUUCCCCGCCGCCGGCCUAUAUCAUUGUUUAUCUGUUAGCGUCUUCGUUCAUCAUGGGCUUUAUGCUUAGGAAGCCUGAUGAUGCAGCGGGCUCUGCGGCCCCUGCUAUCCUGAUCGGCCUGUUUGUGGCCUUUGGUGGCGUCUUGUACGGCUAUGAUACUGGUACUAUCAGCGGCAUUCUCGCCAUGAAAUACUGGCGGAGGCAGUUCUCUACCGGCUACGUUAACCCCAACGACCAUAUCCCCGACGUCACCUCCUCCCAGUCCUCGAUGAUCGUUUCUCUCCUGUCCGCCGGUACCUUCUUCGGUGCCCUCACGGCCGCCCCAGUUGCUGAUUACUUUGGUCGCCGCAUUGCCAUGAUCCUCGACUGUUUUGUAUUUUGCUUCGGAGUGGUCUUGCAGACAGCAGCCACCGCCAUUCCCUUGUUCGUUGCUGGACGUUUCUUCGCCGGGUUUGGCGUUGGAUUGCUCUCCGCAACAGUUCCUUUAUACCAGUCUGAGACGGCUCCCAAGUGGAUCCGUGGCACUAUUGUCGGUGCUUAUCAGCUUGCGAUCACUAUCGGUCUACUCCUUGCCGCUAUUGUCAACAACUCUACAAAAGACCGCAAUGACACCGGUUGCUACCGCAUUCCCGUCGCGGUUCAAUUCGCCUGGGCCAUCAUCCUGGUUGUGGGAAUGAUCAUCCUCCCUGAAACCCCGAGAUUCCUGAUCAAACAAGACAACCAUGAGGCUGCUAUCAAGUCUCUUGCCCGUCUUCGUCGUCUGGACAUCAACGAUCUCGCUGUUGUCGAAGAACUUGAAGAGAUUAAGGCAAACCAUGAAUAUGAGCUCAGCGUUGGCAAAGCCAGUUACCUUGAGAUACUCCGCGGGUCCAUUGUCACAGUUUACUACGGAACGACAUUCUUCCAACACUCUGGCAUUAACAACAGCUUUGUCAUUACCUUGAUAACGAACAUCGUCAAUGUAGUUUCAACCCUACCCGGACUUUGGAUGGUCGAGAAAUGGGGCCGUCGCCCGCUGCUACUUUUUGGCGCCGUCGGUAUGUGCGUCAGCCAGUUCAUUGUGGCUAUUGUCGGCACAACCACCGACUCCGGCGUCGCAAACAAGGUCCUUAUCGCUUUCGUCUGCGUUUACAUCUUCUUCUUCGCGUCCUCAUGGGGACCGGUCGCGUGGGUUGUCACUGGUGAGCUCUUCCCGCUCAAGGCUCGCGCCAAGUGUCUCUCUAUCACUACUGCUGCGAACUGGCUGCUUAACUGGGCGAUCGCCUACGCCACCCCAUAUAUGGUCGACUCUGGUCCGGGAAAUGCCAACCUCCAGUCAAAGGUGUUUUUCAUCUGGGGAGGAUUCUGCUUGAUUGCUGGAAUAUUUGUCUGGACCUGCAUCUACGAGACCAAGGGUCUUACCCUUGAGGAGGUCGAUGAACUUUACGCCAAGGUUCCCGUUGCCUGGCGCUCUAAAGGCUUUGUUCCGUCCGUGCAUUACACAGACGUGCGCGACGUUGCUGCUGGGCGUAAGGGUAGUGGCUUGGCUGAAUUAGAGGCGGACGCCCAGGCCAAGCAGAUCUCGGAGCAUGUCGAGAAAGCUUCGGUCUAA